AUGAGCAACCCCGCGGUGACCCUGGACUUCCUCCCGAACGAGGUCUAUAUUGAAAUCUUAUCUGACUUCUCCACCCGGGAUCUCCUCCCUCUGAUCUCUGUCAAUCGCCGGUUUCAUGCACUAGUGCUACGCAUUCUUCAUUAUCGCCUAUUACUCACUACCCCACUCAAAGAGUACAAAUUACUUCUGGAAUGCUUCCAUCCCAGUUCAAAGCUCACCGAGCCACAUGUGUUCUGCAAGUACCUUGGCACAGAUGGUCUGAGUGAACGCCAUGCGGAAAACCCAUUGGAAGAAGGCCCUGAUGCGGCGCAGCAGCUGGGGAGAGUGACCGCAUUGUAUUCGCGUUUUCGUCCUCAAGCAAGAAGCGAAGAAGAAGAGCAAAGCAUUGCGAUGCGUUUUGGAUUAUUCCCAGGUAGGAUGUUUCUCUCGGGGGUGGGUUUCGUGCGGGCUGACAUCAACGGGGACAAAGACAAGAGAGAGGAUAAAGUGGUGCGGGAGGUCACAAUAGAUGGCUAUGAGGAUUUCUCUCAAUUAUGUGUGGUAGCCAGUCUGGUUCAGGUUAGGCCUGGGACAUCGUUACUGUUGAGUGCAUCCACCAUAGAGGAUGGAUUUGUUCGACUGUGGAGAGACUGGCUAUAUCGACAAAGUAGGAAGUUGAAGAGAGCUUCUGAUGUUGCAAAAGAGGAGGGUCUGGAUGAAGUUCAGAUAGCAUCUGAUCCUGAUGAUAUUCUGUGGGUGGACCUUGCUCAGACUAUUGGGUUGAAGCUGCGCGUGCGGCCAAAAUCUUGGAACCCGUCUUUCCCAGUGUUGAUGCAUCAAGAUGACCGAGAUGACGAUGCGUGGGUUGGUUACGAGGUGAUCUUGGAGGAACUGCACAUUCGUGCCACUCGCCUACUUCUGGCUGUUGAACGCUCGAAGGAAGAGCAGCAGUAUCACCACAACAAUGCCAUUGUCAUUGGGGCUCCACCUCCGGCCUAG